ACCAAGUCACCAAAAGAAAAAUCCCUAUUUUUGCUUUCAUCUCUCAAGAUUCCGAUUCCCUGAGAUCGUUCAGACGGAAAAUCACAGAGACAGCUUCGCGAUGUCUGCAGCAGUGACGGCUCCGACAUCGCCGGUGUUCUUGUCGCCGCAGUCGCCGGUUUUCUCCCCGACGGCGGCGGCCAAAACUUCGCCGUCUUCUCCUCGACUGUUGUUGACGCCGGAGCUGACGUGUCAGGCAAGGAGGCACUACAGGUCUGUGUCUGAUCACGAGACUUCGCUGAAGAGGAAGAGACCGCCGAGGCUUGACGUCGGGGCGGCGGUUACGACGGCGGCUGCAUGGAAUGCGGCGGAAGCGGUGGAGGAGACGCCGAGAGCGGAGGAUAUAGCCGUGGAUGAAGAUGGUUACUCGGUCUACUGCAAGAGAGGUAAGCGAGGACCAAUGGAAGAUCGUUAUUUCGCUUUGGUCGAUCCCAAAGGUGCACAUAUACAGGGAUUGUUUGGUGUAUUGGACGGGCAUGGAGGAGCCAAGGCAGCCGAAUACGCGGCAAUGAAUUUGGAUAGAAACAUUAAAGAAGGGUUAGAGCAAUGUUACGGGGAAGAAGGGUGGAUGGAGAGAGGGAUAAGGGUAGGAUACCUAAGAACGGACGAGGAGUUCUUGAAGCAGGGAGUGAGAGGAGGCACUUGCUGCGUCACAGCUUUGAUAUCUAACGACGAAGUCGCUGUUUCCAACGCCGGUGACUGCCGAGCGGUCGUGAGCCGCCAUGGAGCGGCCGAGCCUCUCACUUCCGACCAUCAUCCUUCCGUCGAAAACGAGCUGAAGAGGAUCGAAGCAUUGGGUGGUUAUGUGGACUGCUGCAAUGGCGUAUGGCGAAUUCAGGGGACGUUAGCCGUCUCACGAGGAAUCGGAGAUCGAUAUCUCAAGCAAUGGGUAACAGCCGAACCCGAGACCAAAACCUUACACAUCAAACCCGAGCUCGAGUUCUUGAUCUUAGCAUCUGAUGGCCUUUGGGACAAGGUAACGAACCAGGAAGCGGUCGAUAUGGUCCGACCGUGGUGCGUAGGCUUAGAGAAUCCGAAGACUCUUUCAGCAUGCAAGAAGCUAGCAGAGCUAUCAGCUGAAAGAGGGUGUUUGGAUGAUAUAAGUAUCAUCAUAGUUCAUCUCCAACGUUUUGUUCCAUGAUUUCUCAAUCCAUUAGGUCGUAGUUACUAAAAUCUUGAUUCCAUAUGCAUUACAUAUAUAUAAUUAUGUAAAUACAUACGUAAAUAGCGUGUUAUUAUUGGGGACACAAAACGCUAAUAUAUUGGCGUAUGGUUUAUUUUUAGGGAGUUAUAAUGUAAAUGCACCACAAACAACGUUUCUAUUAUGGUAGUUCGUCUACACUCCGGAUGACUAUUUAUUUAUUUAUUGGGCCUUUAAUAAGGCUCAAUGAAAAAUAAUUUUUUUUAUUAGGCUGUAUUCAAGAAUCUGUAGGCCCAUUAUAAGCUAAUGAAAGCCCAAUAUUCCUUGAUU